ACACAACAUAGUUUUACAAAGUGCCAUGUUUUUAUCACAGGAGGUUUCUAUCAAGAUCAAAUGGGACAGGUUAUCUGCAAGCAAUGCAGUAUAGGGACUUACGUCUCCAAAGAACGACAUCCAGGUACCCGUGCAACUGACUGCUGGGCAUGUCCGUAUGGUAGGAACCAUCAUAGUAUUCAUUAAUUGUUCAUAAACUUACAUCAUUUUACUACCAGCGUGACUACCUUCCUCGUUAAACUAUAAUCCAUAGAGCUUAGUACCUCCUUAAUUUCCAUUUCCCAACAUGAAAGAAAUCUGUCAUUCAAAACUUAUCUUUCCUGACUGAAGACGCAGACAAUUUUAUCUCUCUGAUUCCUUUUUUGCCAAAAAAAAUAACGUCAUGUAGCCUUCGACAAUAACUAGAAAACCAACCUAAAGCAAGAAAGCCACUGAAUUCACGCUAGAAAAGACACGCCCCACUAAUUCCUUUGUUUUAGAAUACGGUAAAAACAUACGCGGAAGGAACUAGUUUAAAAGGCAAAAAAUUUACCAUUUUCACUUCCUCUAUACAAGAACCUGUAAACCUUAAAAUUUGAAACAGGUUCUUUUUUUCGGAAAUCUUUAAUCAGUAUCCUCUUUGGAGACUUUAUUACUCCAACUGCAAUAUAAAUGCCAUUGUGGAAAAUAUAAUAAAAUUGUUAUUGAGGCAAAUUAAAAAAAUAUUAAAUGUAUAAAUUUUACGAGCCAGAAUUAUAGCUAAAAUGUGCUUUCUUUCUUCAGAAAAUGUGAACCUAUUUAAGAACCUAAUUAGCCUAAAUUUGUGCUUAGUAUUACCACUUCCGUAAGAACCUGUUUAGAUUGACUCGGGAAAAUGCAAGUUUUACUCGCAGGUUUUUACUGUAUUGCAGUUUACUGGGGGGCGGGUAAAGUGCAUGCAAGUCUUCUUGAGCAUGCUAACUUUUACAUUUUGAGAUCUAUUCUAGGUUAGGAUAAAAAUACCCUCUAUCAGGGAUUACUUGGGAUCAUGAUCGUGAAAACUCUAGAGCAUAGGAGAACAUGAAUUUCGCAUUUGUGCUUUAUAAAUCCUUAUUCUGCAAUUAUCCCAAGCUCAUUCAUUAAUUUUUCAGUAAAAAAAACUUAAAAAAAGAAAAUUAUGUAGUUAGUUUUAGUUAUAAUUAUUUCUUAACGACAACCGAUUUGCCUCGAACCAUAAAGAUAAUUUACUUAAUUCCUUAUUAGUUGUUUCGAUAAAUUGUUGUUGGUUUGUGUUUUUCUUGAUAAAGUUGGUAUCAUCUGUAAAAAGUGUGAAUAAUCAUGAUAGUUUACUGGAUGCCGCACCACAGGGCACCAGAAUCACAAAAGCCUACUGGAAGCCAAAUUAUAAGGAUUUGUAUGGGAAUUUAAAAUCGAUAAAACGGUUAAAAUGACCAUAAACAGCUAUUAAAGUAUACAUGCCUCAUGAAGAGCUGUUUUCUCACUGUGUCCUGCCCUAUAAACGCCUUUUUAGCAAGUUUCUCAACCACUAAGAACAAGACAAGGGAAAACUCGCCUGUGCUACGCUGCCGAAAAAAAAGCUACCAAAAAUUACCUUCAUUGCACUCCAGUCGCUCCCAAACUUCUCUUAAGCAUGGACCGAAGGUUUUCCUUCCUUGCGAAAGUCAAUUUAGUUCCAAACAUCGAGCCAUGGCCCCAAGAGGACGAGAAAAGUCGCUAAAAGAUUUGAACUUACCGCUCCGGUGGAUCCCCUCUUCUCCGUGGUGAACUACCAAUUGGCUAAGUAGCUACGCCGUUCAUUCAAAAUUCCCUUGGCAGGGAUGGCCAGGGGGAAAAUCAACCAAUACAAAACCAGAUUCGCAAGGGUACCCAGGGAGCGCUUUCGCUCAUUUUACAAAGAUGUGGCGGGAAAAACACCGCUCCCCAUCGAGGGGAUUUAGAACGUGCAGCAUGGCUACUAAGCCAAGAACAACGCCAUCGAUAGCUCACCGCGGAGAAGAGCGGAUUCGUAGAAGAGGGAAGUUCAAAUCUUUUAGUGACAUUUCUCGUCCUCUUGAAGCCAUGGCUGGAUGUUUGGAACUAAAUUGACGUUUUCAAGGAAGGAAAUGAAAUCUUCGGUCCAUGUUCAAGCGAAGUUUGGAGCGAUUGGAGUGGAAUGAAGGAAAAUUUGGUGAUUUUUUUUCGAGCAGCGUAGUAGAGCCGAGUUUUCUCAUGUCUUCUUCUCAGCUCUUGGGAAACCAAAACAUUAAAACUUGCUAAAACGGCGUUUAUAGGGCAGGACGCAGUAUGAAAACAACACAGACACAACUCUUAAUGAGGUAUGUAUACUUUAAUACCAGUUUAUGUACAUUUUGACCGUUUUAUCGAUCUUACGAUAAAUUCCCAUACCAAUCCUUAUAAUCUGGCUUCCAUUAGGCUUUUUUGAUUCUGGGCCCUUUGUGGCAACACUAAUAUCAUUGAUAUAAAUUGAAAACAGAGAGAACAUUCCUAUUGUCCUUUUUGUAUACACUUGAGGAAACCCCUGUAGCCAAACUACAAAGAAAGACGCUUCUUGAAGCUACAAUCGGCGACAAAAUGAGUUGAGACACUUCGCCCUAAACUGGGCUUUUUUACGUUUUACUGACUUCAAAAGGAGGAAAUAUAGCCUUUACCCCCGAUGCAAUGUUAUGCGAUGCUCGAGCUACCUACAGAAAAUAACAAACAGCCCAACUUUGAACGGAGGGGACAGGGGAGGGGUGCGGAUUCUUGUGUUCUCUGAAGUUACUCUAUUUGAGUUCUCAAUAAUUUUUUCGCCAAUUGUAGAAAGAGAAAUAAUUAAUGGCGCAUUAAAAGUGCGUCAUCUCCGUUUAACCCUCAACCACUUAAUUUUGCCAGAAUAGAAGCCAGUUAACAGAUUUUUUCUACCCUCCGUAAAUGAAUUAGUACCGAGAAACGUUAACUUUGCUGUGAAUUCCAAAACUGAAGUCUAUAACUGUGCAAAAAAAAAAACGUUAACAGCGUAAGUGAAAGUGGUGAGGCAAAAGAGACGUAAAAGACUCACUAGCGAAAGGACAAUCUCUUGCAGUUAGCAACUUCAGUGUCUACAUUUCGUGGAUUGUGGGAAUUUGUAGGGAGGGGACCUCCCAUUUCCCCUUAUUUGUUUUGAGUCAUGUUAAGGUUUUUAGCCGUCCAAUUAGAAGCACAGACAUUUAGUUUGCCCAAUAUGGAAUCAGAUUAGUAAUAUUAAGAUAGCAACUUUGAAAACUAUCAGGUAAAAAAAAAAAAUGUUGACGCGCACUCUUCGAAGCGCGCGCUAACUCUCGUCAUCAAGUUAAGCUAGUAGUAGUUUUUUUGUAAGAUGCUUGUCCGGAAUAAGUCAAUCCUGGUCAUUUUGGAUUCCAGUUUUGGCCGUAUUUUACAUGCUAAAACUCUGAUUGCUCUCAGCGCUUCGUUUCAUUGCGAUAAAAAGUUUUCUUCACACUAGCACGACAGUCUCGGGUAUCAGUAAUUCUAUAAAAGGAAGUAAGUGUUAAUUGGUUUUCCAAAACACCCAGCGUUGUUCUACGCUUCAGGGCCGAGUUGUUCUAAGCUGGGUUAAGAUAACCCAGGGUUAGUGCAAGAUUUGAAUUCAGAUUUGAAAGCUUAAAAAUCAUUUCAGUUAGAAUUCUUUUUGUCUACAAGUUAAUGAUUGGAAGCUCUAAAAAUAAUAGAGACAAUUAUCCGAGGAAAUGCUUUUGAACACAAGAAAAAGAAAGCCGGGUUAAAUUUAACCUCAGGUUAAGCGCUAAUCGGCCUUCUAACAACUGCGUCCUGGGCUAUAUGCUUCUGGUUAAGCUUUCUCUCGUCUAAGGCCUAAAGAGUUUCAACCGAGUUUGCGAUCACUGAUACCAUUAUGAAACGUCUGGAUUAUCCGGUGAAAAAUAAAAGACAGUUAAAAAAAUCCUAUGUACUUCCUUAAGUAUUAUCUCUAGUAACCAGCUAGAAAUGAUUCCUUUAUCUUUGAACAGGGACGCUCUCAAACGAACAUGCUGGUUAUCGUGCAUGCAAAUGCCUGCGUGGAUUUUACCGUUUGGAUCGCUUUGGUCCAUGUUCAGAAUGUCCAGCUCAUGGCAUCAAAUGUGUCGACGAUACAGCAAUACUUGCACCUAAUUAUUUCUGGAAAUGGGCCAAUCAAAGUAGCAAAGAGUUCUACAAAGAGUUUGUUGACAACAUCCAUAGUUUUGGUCCUGACUACAACGAUACGUACUCCAAAUUUACUAUUUCACUGCCCAAACCAGUAAAAUGUCCUUUUGCUGGGUCCUGCAAGGGAGGAAUAGAUUCGGAGUGUGAAGAAGGAUACCAAGGAAACUUGUGUGCUACCUGUUCUCAUGGCUACUACUUACGAUUUAAUUUCUGUUUGAAAUGUCCUGGAUUCUUGGUUUCCAUAAUUUCCUCGUUGGUGGUUAUUGGAGUCUUUAUUCUGGUGUUUGCAAUGGUUCUGUGGGGAGACUCCAAAAAGACAGAAAAUAAUCGUACUGCUGCAGAUAUCAUCAUGUCUUGUUUCAAAAUUGUCAUCGGGUUUUACCAGGUUAUUGCCGGUGUUUUCUCGGCACUAACCAGAGUUCAUUGGCCAGUUACUUUGAUCGCAAUGGACAAGUUUCUGAAGUUGUUUAAUGGCAAUAUCUUUCAAUUUGCCCCAUUGAGUUGCGUCUAUUCUCAUCUUCGACUUGACCCGUUCUUAAAAUUCAUCUUGGUUCUUUCUGUUACCUUUCUUGUCGUUUCUUUUGCCUUUGUUUACAUGUUCCUUCAAUCGCUGUACAUCAAAGGCAAUAAGGAUCGUCCAGAGAGCGAAAAGCUACGUGCUCUUUCUAGGUUGAAGAGGUCCUGCUAUCGGAACAUUUUCCUGUUUCUGCUGGCAUCAUAUCCCAUGACAAGUAAGACAAUUAUCCAAAUUCUUCCUCUUCACGGCGCAUGCGUCAAACAUUGCUUUUCAGAUGAAGGAAGCCAGUGUAUCUCUCUCAUGAAGGCUGAUUACUCGAUCCAAUGCUUUACUCCCCAGCACAAGAUGUAUUGGCCAUUUGCUGCCGUGUUUUCCGUAUACCCUGUGGGAUUUCCUUUGAUGAUACUGCGACUCAUUUACAAAUACAGAAAAUCGCAGCGUAAUGGGGAACUUUCUUUUGGAUUAAAAGUCUUUUUUGAGAACUACAAGGAUAAAUUUUGGUUCUGGGAAGUAACAGAGAUGUACAGAAAGCUGAUUCUUAUCUCACUGAUUUUCCUUUUUGGUUCUGAGGUAGUAACCCAGAUUGGUCUGACUCUGCUGGUCGUGAGUGUCUUUGGUGUGGCCUACACAUUCUUCCGCCCGAUAAAAGGCAAAUUUGAAGAUCUACUGCAAACCUUUGUUCUGUGGGUUAUCUUUUUUGACGUUUGUCUCGGAGCAAUGUACAGCACCUCUGACGGCACUGAAGAAAAUGAUUCCUUGAUCGUGAACAUCCUGUUUGUCGUCCUCAACAGCUCUGUACUUCUGGUUGCCCUCGGUAAGAUUCACCGAUUACUCAUUUAG